AUGUCGUCCGGCUAUGGCAUGAACGGGGGUCCAUCCCGGUGCUUUCCCUUUUGGCAAGAAGUGCUCGCCUGCUACGUGAUCAACAGCAACGAGGAGGACUCGUCGGGCAAGAAGAAGUGCGCGCCGAUGCUGGAGGAUUACUACGAGUGCUUGCACCACAAGAAGGAGGCCGCCAGAGUCCAAGCCCUCCAAGCCGCCUACAGAAAAGCCGAAGCAGAAGGCGGAUACAAGGCCAACCCACCGACGGCCGGACAGAUACGGAACUUGGGAAUCUUGGGCAAGGAGGAGGAUUCCAGGGCGGUGUUGGGAUCGAAAUAA